UGUGAAUCUCAGUUUACCAACAUUACGUAAGUAAACCAUGUUACAGUGUCUCUAAUGUAGAUGGGAUUAUAUUUAAUGCUUGGAAGUGAUUAUAAUGUGUGAAAGUGACAAUGAGGUUCAAGUUAUGGAACAUAAACUUAUCACCGAUGUUACUACACACAAGAAAAGGAAAUGUGGAAUACUAUAUAUCUCUACGUUGCCUCCACAUAUGAAUGUAACGAAAGUACGAGAAAUUUUUAGUCUGUAUGGUGAUAUUGGUCGCAUAUUUCUUCAGCCAGCAGAAACAGGUCAAGAAGGAAAGAAGAAGAAAAGAAAGCCAGCAAAACAUUUUACUGAAGGCUGGGUAGAAUUCCAAAGUAAGCGAAUAGCCAAACAGGUGGCACUUCAGUUGAACAAUACUCGAAUUGGUGAGAGGAAGAAGAGUAAAUUUUAUGAUUACCUUUGGAAUAUUAAGUACUUACCUCGUUUCUAUUACAGGUUUAAAUGGGUCCAUCUGAAUGAGAGACUUGCAUAUGAACGAGCAGUUCACCAGCAGCGCCUUCGUACUGAGAUAUCCCAAGCUAAAAGAGAAGCCAACUUCAUUUCACAUAAUACAGAAAAAAGUGAAAAACUUCGUAAGAGAAGAGAUAAGUUUCAAGACCUAGAACGCGAAUCAAAAAUAAACAGCUUUUUGACUCAGUAUCAUCAAAGAAAAACCGACAAAGAAAUAUAUCAUGAUAAAGAACAAAAAUCUGAGAUUAUGUUGGGCAGUGGAGUGGAAGAUAGAAGUCAGUUCUUAAAAAAUUUGUUUGGAAGUGAUAUGUAACAGUUUACACCUGAUCAUGUAACAUAUUUCAUACACAUUGUUAACCCCUAAAAGGAUUAAACCAUUUGAUUUUGUAUACUUUA